AUGCAGGCGUUUUUUAAAAAGGGGCUAUCCUCUCUCUCUAUAUCUGCGUCCUCCUCCCAAUCAAACCUGACCACGUCUACCGACAACCAGACCAAUGAUAUUCCCGGUGAAACCGACAACACCAAUGUUGACGACGGGUCAGCAGCCGAGCGGUCGAUAACGUUUACCACUGCCAGUGAGGACGUACUGUUCCCUAAAGUUAGGCCUGAAUUAGAUGGAGACGACUGUAAUAGGGAUUGCGCUAGCUGUACGAUACGGUAUCCGGCGAAAUUCGUCGUCGACUUGGAAGAUAAGGUGUACGGGAAUGUUGGCGGGUGGGCGACACAUGUCCUUAUUGCGACGGGGAAGACGGAUUGGGUUCGAGAUGUUGCGGAUGAGAAGGGUAGUGUUAUGGAAGCCGUUGAGAAGUGUGGUGUGAAGCCUAGCAACGGGACACUCAAGCUAUCGGCUUCAAACAUACCAGUGCCCGAUGAAUAUCACUUGCAUCCCGAGGGAGAGCAGCCUACAACGGCAUUGAUUCUACCUGCGUUCACGAUAGUGGACCAUGUCACACCCGCACUCGCGCCUGAUCUUAUUCACCAUUUCGUCAACAAAUCGGCCACAACCACUACACCGCUUAAUCAAGCACCAUCGCCAGCUCAUGCUCCAGAGGCAGAUACGGAGCCAAUCCAAUGCACAGAGCCUGAUACCCAACCUUCGUCCAACGGCGAUGGAACUGGUGAUAGCAAUGGCGAGGACAGCGAAGCGGUGGCUGAGAUACCCACACCACUUCGCUCUCGGCCCUGCCCACAUGCAGCAGUGAUUCUUCUCUGUUCACAACGUACUCGCGAUGUACGAUGCGGACAGUCUGCUCCCCUUCUACGUCGCGAGUUCGAGCGUCAUCUUCGCCCGCUAGGUCUAUAUCGAGACCUCCAUGAUGAACGACCGGGAGGAGUAGGUAUAUAUUUCAUCUCCCAUGUAGGCGGACACAAAUACUCCGCUAAUGUGAUGGUCUAUCGGAGGAGAGACUUUGAGUGGUUCAAGAAAGAGAUGCGAGAGGAAGGCCUUGGUGAUGAUGAGGGCGGUCGUGGUGGCGAGAGCGAAGGCGCCGUGCAAGGGAUAUGGCUUGCCAGAGUCCGUCCUGAAGACUGUGAAGGUAUUGUGAAGUUCACCGUGCUAAAGGGCAAGGUGAUAAAACCCGAUACGCAGCUGAGAGGAGGCUUCGAUCGAGAGAGAGGACUGAUUAGCUGGUGA